CGCAAGCAAAGCAAAGCAAAUGCUCUAUCUCAACUAAAUAUUCCACUCUCUUCAAUGGCGCUUCAGCUGCCAUUCCCACUGCUCUCUUCCUCCUUAUCAUCAUUCCCCUUGUUAUCUUCUUCACACUGCAAAAUUUACUCAAUUCCCUUUACUCAUAAACCUCUUUUAUCUUCCUCCAAUGUACAAAUUCUUGGAUUUAGUAGCAGAAGCACUUCACUGGGGCCUCUGUUUGUCAGUAAAGAAGACACCCAAUUGACUAAUGAGGAAGAAAGUUCCAUUUCCACUGCAACCCAACAAGAUGACGAUGACCCGGAUCCUGAAUCGCUUGAAUACGUUUCUCAAAUUAAACGAGCGUUGGAACUUCUUAAGAGGAAUCGGGAUAUGCUUUUCGGUGAGGUGUGAAUUUACUUUUAUCUUUUGAAUUUUCCACAA